AUAGAUAGGAGAGGAUUUUAGGUGGGUAUAUACGUGAUAGAGAAAAAGGUAGAGAAAUAAAGAAAAAAUUGGAUGGAAAAUGGAGAUCAAAAAAAUGGAGAGUAGUUGGGGUUUUCAUUUUCUGAUAAUGAUAGUUGCGACUGUGAAUUAGCUAUAGCUGGGAGUAGUAGUGCCUUUACCUCCCCACCCCCUAGCCGGUCGGUGUUCGAGUUUGCUUCGGUGAUAACGGCGCCGACUCCCGGCCGUUGUUCUUGAGAGCGGGGUGGAAGAGAUCUGUGCUCUGCUUUAGAAAUGGGGCACUGUGCAGCAGUCUGGGAUCCCAGAGCUGCAACUCAAGUUACAAAGGAUUUGAAUGGUAUCGAUCAGGUUGUGCUCCGUACUCCUCAUGGGGCCUCUGCCAGGGUGAGCUUGAACGGAGGACAGAUUACUUCAUGGCGGAAUGCUAGGGGUGAGGAACUCCUAUUCACCAGUAGCAAGGCAAUAAAGUCUCCAAAAGCUUUAAGAGGAGGAAUAUGUAUUUGCUUUCCCCAGUUUGGCAAUGGUGGUUCACUUGAGAAUCAUGGGUUUGCAAGAAACAAACUUUGGACAAUAGAUAAUCAUCCUCCAUCUCUGCAUGCAUUUGAUGCUCAUGGAAAAUCUUUCAUUGACUUGCUACUAAGACCAUCAGAAGAAGAUUUGAAAUUUUGGCCUCACAGCUUUGAGCUACGCCUCAGGGUUUCUCUAGCAUCAGAUGGAAAUCUCACAGUGAUAUCUCGUAUUAGAAACAUCAAUGGAAAAGCAUUCAGUUUCUCAUUUGCUUGCCAUACAUAUUUGUCUAUCUCUGAUAUAAGUGAAGUAAGGAUUGAAGGGUUAGAAACACUGGACUAUCUUGACAAUCUCUGCCAUAGAGAACGUUUCACAGAGCAAGGAGAUGCAAUAACAUUCGAGUGCGAGCUUGAUCGUGUAUAUGUUGGCACUCCAAACUCUAUUGCUGUGCUUGAUCAUGAAAGGAAACAAACAUAUCUAGUAAAGAAAGAUGGACUUCCUGAUAUUGCGGUGUGGAAUCCAUGGGAGAAGAAAUCCAAGGCAAUGGC